UGACAAAUGUAAAUGUAAUACAUUGACGUCCACAACAUGUUCGAUUCAGAAGAAGGCGCAUCUUCGCUGGAUAACCUGUUUUAUGACGGGCCUGUGAUUCAUAAAGUAAAACCUUUAUGUCAUGGACAGUAUUCCAGGAUAUUCAAUGCUCCACCCUCACUAUCAGAAAUAACUGCAACGCAAGGCAUUCAAGGCAAGGCCGCAACACUCUCAUAUGGUUACGCUCAGAGAUCAAAGAAGUUUCUACCUCCGCCAAAUAAGAUCAAUUGCAAUCCUGUUGAAACUGUCCAAGUGUCCAAGACUAUGAAAUCACAGGAGCUGGAGGAAUCUGUUCUGUGGACACGUGAAACCUCUGGAAAAAGAGGGUCAUCUGGAAAAGGAACUCUCCGUCCAGUCUCUGAAAUUCCUGCUAAAUUCAGAAGUGUAUUCAAAGAAUUCCCCUACUUUAACUACUUACAGUCCCAAGCAUUGGAUGAUAUUCUAUACACCAGUAAAAACUUUGUUGCCUGUGCUCCUACGGGCUCUGGGAAGACCGUUCUCUUUGAGUUGGCCAUUAUUCGUCUUCUGAUUGAGGUUUCAGAGCCCUGGCACAAUGUCAGAGCUGUAUACAUGGCACCAAUUAAGGCUCUUUGCAGUCAGCAAUAUGAAAACUGGAACCAAAAAUUUGGACCUCUCGGACUAAAAUGCAAGGAGCUAACAGGAGACACAGAGAUUGAUGACAUGUUUGAAGUCCAGGAUGCUCAUCUAAUUUUGACAACUCCGGAAAAAUGGGACAGCAUGACAAGAAGGUGGAAGGAUAACUGUUUAUUGCGGUCUGUUCGUCUCUUUCUCAUCGAUGAGGUACAUGUGGUGAAAGACAAAACCCGUGGAGCCACUCUUGAGGUUGUGGUCACCAGAAUGAAAACCAUGUAUUCAUAUAGCCGGGCUGUAAAUCCAGAGUCAAAAGCUUCAAUGAGAUUUGUGGCUGUUUCAGCCACCAUCCCGAAUAUUCAGGAUAUAUCUGAAUGGCUGUCAGAUGAAUCAGGGCCUGCCACUUGUCUGGAGAUGGAUGAGAGUCAUAGGCCAGUGAAACUGAGGAAGGUCGUGCUUGGGUUCCCCUGUGGAAACAACCAGAAUGAAUUUAAGUUUGAUCUUUCUCUAAACUACAAAAUGGCCAAUAUCAUUCAGACCUACUCGGAUCAAAAACCAUCACUUGUGUUUUGCUCCACAAGAAAAGGAGUUCAACAGUCUGCUGCUGUGCUUUCCAAAGAUGCCAGAUUCAUUAUGAGCAUUGACCACAAAAAGAGGCUAAUAAAGUAUGCAAACUCAAUGCUUGAUUCAAAACUCAAAGAUCUGAUUCUUUGUGGCAUUGGAUAUCACCAUGCCGGUAUGGGAGUGUCAGACAGAAAAGUGGUUGAAGAUGCAUUUACUAUGGGUGACCUGCCAGUGUUGUUUACAACCAGCACCUUAGCCAUGGGUGUGAAUCUUCCGGCCCAUCUAGUGGUUAUCAAAUCCACACUGCACUAUGUUGGUGGCGCAUGUGAAGAGUACAAUGAAGCUGACCUGUUGCAGAUGAUUGGGAGAGCAGGCAGACCACAGUUUGAUACAACAGCAACUGCAGUGAUCAUGACCAGGUCUCAAACAAAGGACAAAUACACACAGUUUUUGAGUGGCAUAGACAGCAUCGAGAGCAGUUUGCACACAAACUUGGUGGAGCACUUGAAUGCUGAGAUUGUUCUCCACACCAUAUCUGAUGUCAACAUGGCUCUAGACUGGAUUCGCUCCACCUUCUUGUACAUCCGUGCUUUAAAAAACCCCAAGCACUAUGGUUUCCCCCCUGACCUUGACAAAUGUGGAAUUGAAAUUAAAUUACAAGAACUGUGCUUGAAAAACCUGAACUCUUUGGCCUCAUUGAAUCUGAUUACCAUGGAUGAAGACAUUAACAUCAAACCCACAGAGACAGGAAAACUCAUGGCCAGAUAUUGUGUCGCCUUCGACACUGUGAGGCAAUUCAGUGAAGUGACAGGAACCGAGACUUUACCUGAGCUGAUUGAAAUGAUAUCUAAGGGAAAGGAAUUUAGUGAUGUGCAAUUGAGAGUAAACGAGAAAAAAACCUUGAACAUGCUGAACAAGGACAAGAACAGAACUACCAUCAGGUAUCCCAUGGAGGGAAAGAUCAAAAGUAAUGACAUGAAAGUAAACUGUCUGAUUCAAGCUCAGCUCGGCUGUAUCCCCAUUCAGGAGUUUGGACUCAUACAGGACACUGGAAAGAUAUUCCGAAAUGCAAUUAGAGUCAGCAAAUAUCUGACUGAGUUUCUCCGUCAUCACUCCCAAAAGAAUUUCUCUGCUCAGCUCAACUCUUUGAUACUUGCCAAAUGUUUCAGAGCCAAACUGUGGGAAAACUCACCUUAUGUUUCCAAGCAGCUUGAGAAGAUAGGGCAGUCAUUUGCCACAGCCAUGGUGAAUGCAGGGCUUACAACAUUCAGCAAAAUUGAGGAGACCAGUCCUAGAGAGCUAGAGCUAAUUGUGAACCGACAUCCUCCCUUUGGAAACCAAAUAAAGGAAGCCGUCAGCAAACUUCCAAAAUAUGAAGUGAAUUUGGAACAGAUUCAACGAUACAAUGUGUCCACAGCUGAGAUUGUUGUCACUGUGAACUCAAAGAAUUUUAAAGAGAUGGCAGUGAAACAGACAGCACCAGACCACCAUCAUGUCACAAUCAUUAUUGGGGACUGUGACAAUAAUGUUGUUUUCCAACAGAAAAUUAUGGAUGCAGUGCUCUUGAAGUCUGGGAAAUGGUCAAAGAGAAUUGAGGUGGAGAGAAUAUCCAAGGGAGAGGAGAUCAACAUUCAUUUGAUAAGCUCUGAAUAUGUGGGUCUGGACAUACAGAAGAAGUGCAGCACCUUCUUCUUAGGAGAGAAGAGUUUUGGCACUGAAUCUCACAUCAUACAGAGCCCUACAUGGAGAAUGCAGAGGGUUCUGAAACCAUUUAGAGAAAACCCAGUAGUGACAACUCAGACAAACAGAGUUCACAGUCCUAGACAACAACAACAACAACAACAUGAUCAGUCCUCAGACAGAGAUCAAACUACUCCAGAUACUUUAAAGAGACAGUGUAAUCAUCUCUGCAGAAACAAGGAGCUCUGUGGACAUGACUGUUGCAAAGUUGGAGUUGAAAUUAUACUGAAAAGACCAGCAAAUCAGUCCACUUUCUCAUCAUACCUUAAAGAUAUGAAAAUGAGGAAUGUGAGACUCACAGAGACUCCUGUGAAACGCUUGAAGAUGAUGAUGAAUAAUGAAACAUGCAGCAUGCAGCAGUUCUCAAACAAACCCAAAGACACACUUCCUGCUGUCAAGAAGAUUAGGGUAAGUCAGUGUUAUACUCAAAGUAGAUGUGAAAACCCAGAACUGGAGGAAGGAUUUGUCAUACCUAGUGAUAAUUCAUCUUUUGAAGGUUACGAUGACUAUAUGGGAGGCUUUUAUUCUGAAAUUGGAGAUCUUGGACAAGCUGCUACUUCAGCUCAAGUUUUAUGUGGUCAACUGAAGACCCUCAAACAUAAACAGAUGGAUGGAAUCACCUCUCAUAAAGCUGAUGUUUAUUCAACCCAUGCAAAUCCAGAGCACUGCUCUGACUGGGCUGGUACUCUUAAUGUGACCUUUGACCUGGGAGUGAAUGAUUGGGAUGAUUUUGAUGACGGUCACUUGCUCUGUGCUAGUGAGUUGUGUUGUGAAUCUGAAGCAUGCGAUCUAAAGAUGGGCCAUUAUCAACCAACAAAUGCUGGGUGUCUGUCUGCAGUAGCACAAACUCAAGCCCAAACCAAACAAAAAACAUUAAGGUCCAUCUUGCCACAAAGAAUCCAUCUUCCAGUGGCUGCUACACCUCAAACUAGAGUGUCCUCAGAAAUAAGCAUGAACACACCUUCAAACCAGAGAGAGACCAAAAAAACUUCACUCCUUGAUAUUUUCUCAAGGGUAGACACAGCUCAACAGGAAAAAAUAUAUGUUAACAGGGAAUGUGCAAAGGACAGCAACAAUGAGGCAGAUGUUUAUAUUGAUAUAUUUGAUGGUCUGUUGUAA